CUGCUGAGUAUAAUAUUAUUUAUAUAUAUUAUAGUUAACACAUAGUAUUAACUAGUUUAAUUAACAAACAUAUAUAUAUAAAUUAUAUAUUUGAGUUAUGAACAAUAUUCUUGAAGAAAAGGGUUCGGAGUACUCAUUGCGUGAGUCAAUAAAGAAUAGUAUUGGAAGAAAAGAUGAUGAUCACUAUCAUCCAUGGGCAGCAUUCAGCUCCAAAAAAUGGUCUAAAAUAUUCUUAGCUUCAUGUGUGAUUGGAGUCUCCAUUGAUCCAUUGUUCCUCUACAUUCCAAUUGUAAGAGAUGAAGGAAAGUGCCUUGACACAGACAACAAUAUGAAGAUCAUAGCUCUUGUUUUACGAUCUCUUACCGAUUUCGCCUAUGUUUUACACAUCAUAUUUCGGCUUAAGGAUGCCCUAACCAUCUCUAUGCAACUUGGUCAAUCCAUUUUCCAUGGCCUUCCUUGGCCUUAUCUUCUAAUCGAUGUUUUAGCCAUUCUUCCAAUUCCACAGGUGGUAGUUUUGAUACACUUCUCAAAGAUUACUGGAUUAGAAUAUUUGGAUGCAAGAAAGUUCAUCAAUUUAAUACUUCUUCUUCAAUAUGUGCCUCGAAUUCUUCGUGUCUACUUAUCAGCAAAAGAGUUGGGAUCGAGUUUCGACUCACUUGCUAGACGUGUAUGGGUCAGAGGCACCUUCUUAUUUUUCCUCUAUAUUAUUUCUGGUCAUAUAUUUGGAGCGUUUUGGUACUUUUAUUCGAUUGUACGUGAGACAUCUUGUUGGCACAAAGCAUGUCAUAAACUUCGAAAAGAUCCUACAAAUGAACACGAAUGUGAUCCCGGUCCAUUUGUGUGUGGUGAAGAACAUCCCAUGAAAAAUUGGAGAAAGAUGAAUGAGUAUUGCCCAGUUAAUCCACCAAAUGCAACUGUCUUCGAUUUCGGAAUAUUUUCUCAAGCCAUUGAAUCGCGUAUAGUUUGCAAUGCAACUGAUUUUCCCAAAAAAUUCUUUCGUAGUUUCUGGUGGGGUUUGAAAAAUUUAAGUUCUUUUGGUCAAAACCUUGACACAAGUAGCAGUGUACAAGAAAAUAUCUUUUCAAUUAUCAUUUGUAUCUUGGGUUUACUUUUGUUUUUAUAUCUUAUUGGAAAUUUGCAGACAUGCAUGCAGUUGGAAACCACAAAGUCAGAAAAGGCAAGGAGAAAGAUAGGUAGCAUACAACCACAAAUAGAAUCUUAUUUAUCAAGCAUUAAUGAGAUUAAACCUUAUAAGAAAAAGGUCAUCAAGAAAUACCUAAGUCAAACAAUUAGACAAGGCAAAGAUUUUGAUGCUCGACAUCUUUUUUCUCAUAUUCAAGAUGAGCGUGCUAAUCCUAAUGAGUUUGCAGCUUGGGUGAACAAAAUAUUGGGUGUCAAAAAAUAUGAGAGGAAUACAAUAGAAGAAAAGGCAGAGUUGUGGAUAUCAAAAAAUGAAAUUUCUAAGCUGGAUGAAACACCAAAGAUUAAGAAAUUCAUUGAAUUGAGAUUUGAAGAAGGACAAGAUGUUGAUAUUGUCAACCUUUUGUAUGUACUUCCUUUCUCAUUGGGAAUGUUAAUCAAGAAACACAUGUGUUUCCCUAUAUUAAAAAAGGUUUCAUUGCUUCAAAACAUGGAUGACUACGUCUAUGAAACAAUUUGCAAAUAUUUGAAGCCAGUGACAUAUUUAGAGAAAAAUUAUAUCAUUCGAAAAGGAGAGCCACUCGAUAUGAUGUUGUUGAUAACACAAGGUGUUGUGUGGACAUUUGGAAGUAGUACUUGUCCCAUAGAUGGUCUUCAAAAAGGUGAUUUUUUUGGAAAUGAACUCAUAGAAUGGCAAUUAAACUUGGAAUCAUCAUCAUCCUAUUAUAAGGACCUUCCAAUCUCUAGUGUUAAUCUCAAAUCCCAUACAAAAGUUGAAGGCUUUGCUUUAAUGGCAAUUGACUUGAAACAUGUACUUUCAAGUUGUUGGCACAAGUUUCAUAAACACAACUCAACUAAUUCUAAUGAUCAGGACAUGAAAUCUUUUGCAGCUAUAUCUACUCAACGAAUUUUUCGAUGUUACAGGAGGAAUAGAAAAGCACAAAAGAAUAAGAAUGAGCACAGCAUAUGUGUCAAGACAGUUAGUUGUAACUGUUUUUAGUUUCUAACAACUUUCUGUUGUUUGUUAUUCUAGUUGGCCUUUGCCUUGUUCUCUGGUGUAUAUAUAUAUAAACCAGUUGUAGUUUUCUCUCGUGCUAUGAAUAACAAUCUUUCAAUCGAGCUUUCACUUCUUUCUUUCA